AUGGAGCGAAUUGAAAUAGCCUUAGAGGAGUAUUUGCAAUAUGAGAGCAAAAUUGAGCAUGUCUUCGAUUGCAACAAUUUCAGUGAAGAAAGAAAGUUGAAGCUUGCUGUGGCUGAAUUUUGUGAUUACGCCAUUAUAUGGUGGACAUCUUUGAAAUCAGAGUGGAGGAGAAAUUAUGAAGAACCAAUUGAAACGUGGGAGGAAUUGAAGACAUUAAUGAGAAAAAGGUACAUUCCUAAGCAUUAUUCUCGAAUACUCAAGCAAAAACUCUAUACUUUACAACAGGGAUCCAAAAAGCAUUUACAACAGGGAUCCAAAAGUGUUGAAGAAUAUUAUAAAGAAAUGGAGACCCUUAUGAAUAGAGCAUGUAUUGAUGAAGAUGAGCAAGAUACAAUGGCUAUAUUUCUUGGUGGGUUAAACCGACAACUUGCUCAUCAAGUGGAUAGACAAGCGUACUUUGAUAUGCAAGAAUUGUUACACCUUGCUGUCAAAAUCAAAGGGCAACUAGCUUGGGAGAAGGAGAACUUCAAGAGGUAUGGUAUUUCAAAGUCUACUACUUUCAACACUUGGAAAAAGAAUGCAAAUAUUGAAAAGUUAGAUUUCAAAGUUGGAGGCAAGUAUGAUCUUGACAAAAAGAACAAAGCUGAGACCUCCAAGGAUAAAGAGAAAGCGGAGGAAUAUAAGGAGAUUCAAGAAAGAAAUAGAGACAUCAAAUGUUGGAAAUAUCAAGGAAUUGGUCAUCUUAAUCGUGAUUGUCCUAACAAGAGAGUCAUGAUCAUCAAGAAUGGACAAGUUGUCACAGAUAGUGAGAAAAGCGACCAUGAUAAGCUAGAUGAAGAGAAAAUCCAGGAGCAUGAGGAGGAACUAGAAGAUGGGAGUCGUUUGGUACUUGUAACCAGAAGACUUCUUAAAACUCAAGUUACAGAGAAUGAUGUUGAUGAUCAAAGAGACAACCUAUUUCACACAAGGUGUUUAGUUAAGGGGACUCCUUGUAGUUUUGUAAUUGAUAGUGGAAGCUGCACCAAUGUCGUAAGUGAAAUGUUGAUCAAAAGGUUGCUAAUUCCAACCCAACACCAUCCUAAACCUUACAAGCUUCAAUGGCUCAAUGACAGUGGAACAAUGAAGGUAACUUCUCAAGGUUUAAUAUCUUUUACUUUAGGAAAAUAUAAAGAUGAAGUUCUUUGUGACGUUUUACCAAUUACUGGAGACAUAUUGCUUGGCAGACCAUGACAAUUUGACAGGAGGGAAUUUGAUGACGUAUUCCAAGAUGAAGUCCCUAAAGGACUACCUCCAAUUAGAGGUAUUGAACAUAAAAUAGACUUCAUUCCAGGGCCGAUAAUUCCUAAUAAGCCAGCUUAUUGAGCCAGCCCAACUGAGACUAAAGAAAUUCGAAGGAAAAUAGAGGAGCUUAUGGAGAAGGGCUAUAUACGAGAGAGUUUGAGUCCAUGUUCUGUACCAAUCUUAUUGAUGCCAAAGAAAGAUGGAACGUGGCGUAUGUGCAUGGAUUUUAACUUUCUUGGCUUCAUAGUUGGUAAAAAUGGAGUAGAAGUAGAUGAAGAGAAAGUUAAAGCAAUUAGGGAUUGGCCAACACCACAAAAUGCAACUGACGUACGUAGUUUUCAUGGGUUAGCUAGCUUCUAUAGGAGAUUUAUAAAAGAUUUUAGCACCAUAGCUACACCAUUGAAUGACUUGGUGAAAAAUAAUGUUGUUUUUAAACGGGGAGAUAUGCAAGAGAAUGCAUUUAAUGAGCUUAAGAAUAAAUUAACUAAUGCACCAUUACUUGUCUUGCCUAACUUUGAUAAAACUUUUGAAAUUGAGUGUGAUGCAAGUGGUUUGGGCAUAGGUGUUGUUUUGAUGCAAGAUGACAAACCCGUAAUGUAUUUUAGUGAAAAACUAAAUGGGGCAGCAUUGAACUAUCCUACCUAUGAUAAAGAAUUGUUUGCUUUAGUUCGCACAUUGCAAGUUUGGUAACACUAUUUAUGGCCUAGAGAAUUUGUGAUCCACUCUGAUCAUGAAAGCUUGAAGUAUCUUAAUGGUCAAAGCAAACUGAACCGUAGGCAUGUAAAGUGGGUGGAGUUUAUUGAAACAUUUCCAUAUGUCAUUAAAUAUAAGUAAAGUAAGGAUAAUAUGGUAGCUGAUGCAUUAUCUAUGUUUCAUGAAUUCUUAUUUAAGAAAAGUAAGCUUUGUAUUCCUAAAUGCUCUAUCCGAGAUUUGCUUGUUAAAGAAGCGCAUGGUGGUGGCUUAAUGGGACAUUUUGGGAUUAAUAAAACUUAUAAUAUGUUGCAUGAACACUUCUUUUGGCCGAAAAUGAAGCAUGAUGUUCAUAAAUUUUGUAGUCAAUGCUUUAAAUGCAAAGAAGCUAAAUCUAGGUCACAACCAAAUGGAUUGUACACUCCUUUGAAUGUACCUAAUGAACCUUGGAGUAAUAUAUCAAUGGAUUUUGUUCUUGGUUUACCGCACACUAAAAAGGGUAAAGAUAGUAUUUUUGUUGGAGACAGAUUUAGUAAGAUGACUCAUUUUAUUGCAUGUAACAAGACGGACGAUGCAAAACAUGUUGGUGACUUAUUUUUUAGGGAAGUAGUAAGAUUACAUGGAAUCCCUAGAAUAAUUGUUAGUGAUAGGGAUGCUAAAUUUCUAAGUCACUUUUGGAAAGUAUUGUGGGGUAAAUUGGGUACCAAAUUGUUGUUUUCAACUACAUGUAAUUCUCAGACGGAUGGACAAACUGAGUUGGUUAAUAGAACAUUAGAAAUGCUUAGGGCUAUUAUUUCUAAGAAUAUUAAGUCUUGGGAUGAAUGUUUGCCAUUUGUAGAGUUUGCAUAUAAUAGAGCAAUUCAUAGUACAACUCAUUGUUCUCCUUUUGAAGUUGUUUAUGGAUUUAAUCCACUUACGCCUCUUGAUUUGCUCCCUACUCCUUGGGUUUGGAUACAUUUUCGCAAGGAGCGAUUCCCAUCUCAACGGAAGACAAAGCUAUCCAAGAGGGGACAUCCAAGAGGGGAUGACCCUUAUGAAGUCCUUGAAAGAAUUAAUAACAAUGCAUAUAAAAUUGAUAUUCCCAGAGACUUUUCAGUACAUUCUACUUUCAAUGUUGCUGACUUAAGAUGUUCAGUGACAGGGACUGCAUAG